AACCCCAGCAACUCCCUCACACGAACGGAACCGCAAAUACGCAGCAAAGACAGCGCUACCUUACCCCCGCCACAACCUACCAACCCAUUAUUCAGAGACAAGACAGUUUUCAUCUCGUUCUCUUCCCCCCCCCCCCGCCCCCCACGCGCGCGCAAGACGUUCAUGUCCAGAAUGACGCAGUACCACGCACUCAGCGUCCCGUACCGCAACGCCGCACCUCGCUGCACGCGAUGCGCAGGAUGGAAAUAG